AUGUUCGCCACCGGUCGGAGGCCGAACAGCGCAGACCUGGGCCUGGAGGAGGCGGGCGUACAGCUAGACAAGCGCACGGGGCGCGUGCUGGUUGACAAGUACAGUCGGACCAGUGUGGAUUCCAUUUUCGCCAUCGGCGACGUCACCGAUCGCAUCAACCUGACCCCCGUGGCUCUGAUGGAGGGGAUGGCCAUGGCCAAGACCCUCUUCGGCGACGCUGGCCCGGCAGAGCCCGACCACACCGGGGUGCCCAGCGCUGUGUUCAGUCAGCCGCCCAUCGGCAGCUGCGGCCUGACGGAGGAGGAGGCCGCCCGGAAACACGGCAGCGUAGACGUCUACAUCUCCGCGGCUGCGCGCGGCUCCCUCGUGGCGGCCCACGCUGCUGCAGGCCUCAGUGCAGGCGAGAGCCGAGAGGCCCUCCGCCUCCUGAGAGCGGCGGAGGGGCUGGUCAGGGCUGCGGUGGCGGUCUUCGGCGUGGCCCCCGAGGUGGAGGGUGCGGGGUUGGCCACGCCCGCUGACGGCAAGCUCGUGGCGGCGGACGCGAUGGACGAGGGCGAGAACGUCGGUCUCGAGGGCGACAGCUGGGCUGACCAGGCGCGUGGGGGCUCCGCUCCCAGCGCCGCGGCGCGCCCUGCGCCCUCGACGGCGGCGCUCGCGGCCACGCCCCCUGCUGCUGCUGGCGCGGAGGAGGUGCAGCCAAGCCAACAGCCAGGCGCGGAGAGCUACGAGGAGGAGACUGCUGGGUUUGGGCCGCUCGAGGGGCCCGCGCUUCUUGGGACGUCCAGGGCCUGGGGCAAGCGGCUCGGGGUCACAGCCGCGGAGGUGGGCUUCGCGGAGUUCGCCGAGCGGCUGGUGGCCCUUCUCCUCCCCGCAUCGGAGCGCCGCGAGCUGAGGCGGUUCCUGGCGGGCAUGCGCAUGCUGUUCGACCAGUUCGACUUCGGCGCCGCGGGCGGGGCGCUGCUGGCCUCGGCGCGGGGCGUGCCCCGCCCUCGGCUUGGCGUGGAGCGCUGGGCCCUCGCGGGGAACUUCGGCGGCUCGCUGGUGUUAGAUGCCGUGUCGUCGCCUUUCGGCUCCCUCACGGCCGGGGGGCUUGCUCUGCGGGGCGGCCCCCCGCGGGCGCGCGGGCAGGGCGCGAGUGGCGCCCCCUUGCCCCCGCAGGAGGAGGUCAUGCUCUUCAAGAUGCUCGUCGUCAGCGACGGCUUCGAUGGGGCUGGCAACGUGGUGGGCCUGCACAUGGUGGGGGCCGAGGCUGGGGAGAUGAUGCAGGGCCUGGCAGUAGCGAUGAAGGCGGGAGCGACGAAGGCACACUUCGACGCGACGGUCGGCAUCCACCCCACCGCGGCCGAGGAGUGGUGCACCCUGCGGACAAAGGCGCGCACGACCACCAGGGAGGCCGCUGCUGGCGUCGCGAACGUCAGCAAGCUGUGA